UUUAAACCUCAUUAAACUCCCCCUUAAACUUGCCCUUUUCUCUCUCUAAAACAAAUCCAGUGGGAGGCCAGAUCAGAGAGAGAGAGAGAGAGAGACAAAAAGGGCGCUUCGCGCAUCAAAACCCAAAAAAAUCCAACCCAACCCCCAAAAAUUCGAAAGAAAAAAGCAUAAAAACUACGAAAUCGCUGUGCGUCUCUCUGAAACGAGAACAAGAACGCACAGCAGUAGGCAGAGAGCAGAAGGUUGGAGCAAAAAAUGGGGCAGAAGGCGCUGAUCUACGCGUUCGUGGCGCGCGGCACUGUGGUUCUCGCCGAGUACACGGAAUUCAGCGGCAAUUUCAACUCCAUUGCGUUUCAGUGCCUCCAGAAGCUUCCUGCUACCAACAACAAGUUCACCUACAACUGCGAUGGCCACACCUUCAAUUACCUCGUCGACAAUGGCUACACAUACUGUGUGGUUGCAGAUGAAUCGAGUGGAAGACAAGUACCUAUCGCUUUUCUGGAGCGUGUCAAGGAUGACUUUGUUGCGAAAUAUGGUGCUGGAAAGGCUGCCACAGCUGCUGCCAACAGCCUUAACAAGGAAUUUGGGUCAAAAUUGAAGGAACAUAUGCAAUACUGUGUUGAUCAUCCUGAAGAAAUAAGCAAGCUUGCAAAGGUGAAGGCCCAGGUUUCAGAAGUCAAAGGUGUUAUGAUGGAGAAUAUUGAAAAGGUUUUGGAUAGGGGGGAAAAGAUAGAGCUUUUAGUCGAUAAGACUGAGAACCUUCAUCAACAGGCACAGGACUUUCGGACUGUGGGGACUAAAAUGCGGAGGAAGAUGUGGCUGCAGAACAUGAAGGUGAAGCUGAUUGUUUUAGGAAUCCUGAUCGCCUUAAUCCUUAUCAUAAUACUCUCCAUUUGCCAUGGUUUCAACUGCGGAAAAUGAGCCCUUUGCCGUUGUCAAGAAAAUCAUUUGGCCUCGUCAGUCCAAACUUCUGCAAUUAUAUUGUAGUAAUUGUUAAGAGAAAGAUCAUAUAUCUGUUGCAACUCUGUGCUUAGUUAAAAGUAGUGAUAUUCGGACGUGUCACGAGGCGGAAGAUGUAUUUUUUGUGUGAAAGAAACUCCCUAUAUGAUGCUACUAGUACUUUGGUAUAAGAAAUGAGUGCGUUGCCCUA